UUCCUCUCAUCUCUCCCGCCACCAUCAGCCAUGAAGCCGACUCGAUUCGUCCUCUCUGCUAUCUUCCUUGUCUUCUCCGCCCUCGCACUUCCGGCAUCUGCGGACGAGCCGGUCCGUGACACGGAUGGCAACGUGCUACAGCGCGGCGUGGAUUACUACAUCCGGCCCGCCGUCACUGACAUCGGCGGCGGGCUAACCCUAUCCGGCCGGAACGGCUCCUGCCCUCUAAGUGUGGCCUUGGCGAGCUUGCCCGCCGACAACGGCCUGCCGCUGCAGUUCUCGCCCGAAGACGACGACGACGACACCGUGGAGUUAUCGACGGACACGAACGUCAUCUUCUCGGCGGCCACCAUAUGCGUGCAAUCGACGGUGUGGAAGCUGGAGCUUGACGAGGGGGAGGGGCGGUACUACGUGGCGAUCGGAGGAGUUGUCGGGAACCCGGGAAAAGAGACGCUGAGCAACUGGUUCAAGAUAGAGAGCUACCAAGGAGUCUAUAAGCUGGUGUUUUGCCCGACGGUGUGUGAUUAUUGCAAACCUGUGUGUGGAUCUCUGGGUGUCUACGAACAAGGUGGAAGACAGUGGCUCGGUAUCAGGGAUGACACGCCAUUCCCGUUCGAGUUCAAGAGGGCAUGAGCUUCGGUACGUGAAUACAUCUACUAUCAUACAUCUAUAUAUCAAUAAAGGAGGCAUUGUCUUCGGUUGAUGGUGGAGGCUUGCAUGCUUUGUUUGAGUCCCCGCGUGUGUGGGUAUGGGUGUGGUGGAUUGGCAUUCUCAAACUCUUUGUGCCACACUCCCAUGAAUCAUAGGUUACCCUCAAACACAGGAGAAUGAAUCUCUCUAUCAACAUGAGUGACUCUUUUCCUACUGUGCAAAAGGAUAAUAAGUUAUAGAUUC